UUCAAGCCGGCCGAGGAGGGCGCGGAGGAGCGGCGGGCGGCCGACCUCUCUGGCGCCAAGCUGGCGGGCACCAACCUGAGGUUUGCCGACCUACGUGGGUCGGUGCGCGUUGCUGGGCUCCUCGCGGCGAAUCUGGCCGGCGCAGAUAUGAGGAGUGCCCAGCUGAGCGGCGCGAUUUUAGGCGGGGCGCAGCUGCAGGCGGCAGGGCUCGUCGAGGCGGAGCUGCAGGGGUCAGAACUUGACGGGGCGAAGCUGCAGGGGGCAUUUCUCGAUCAUGCGCAGCUGCAGGGGGCAGAUCUCGAGGAUGCGCAGCUGCAGGGCGCCAGCCUCGAUCAUGCGCAGCUGCAGGGGGCAGAUCUCGAGGAUGCGCAGCUGCAGGGCGCCAGCCUCGAGGACGCCGACUUGCGCGGCGCCGACCUCACAAACGCCGACCUCGCCGGCGUCAACCUGAAGAAUGCCGACUUGCGCGGCGCCAUCCUCACCCGCGCCAACCUCGAGAAGGCCAACCUCGAGAACGCCGACCUGCGGGGGGCGAAGUUUGAUCGCGCCGUCCUCACCGGCGUCAAGCUCAUCGGCGCCAAGUUCUCG